AUCUCCCCUUUCCAUUGUCUGAAAUACAACGCUUGCGCAGUGCGAGUCCGUUUGAGCAAGACAUCAGCCGUUCGGCCGGGCGCUUGCGUACUGCGCUGGUUCUGGAGCAUUGCAAAUCCGUUCUUUUCCUUCCCCCUCCCCCUCGCUUCAUAUGUGUGUGCACUGGGGUGGCGCCUGCGCAGUCGUCUCUCCGUGCUCCGCGCCGUUAGCCGCUAUGUGCAGGGAAUAACGUUAAAGCGGUUGCUGCAGCUGGAGCUACAUACCUAGACGGGGUGUCGUAGCGUCCGUUUCUGCCCCCCUCCCCACUGUGGAGAUGAUGGUGGGCCAGUGAGCCAGCGUUCCCGAGGGAGGGAUGGACUCUGCUUAGCAAAUUCAUGCUUGCUACGACAAGACCAACUCUCCUCCCAGCUGUCACAACUUCCCAUUGUGUGACACCUGGCAAACUACACAUGUACAGUCUUCACAUAUGAUGGUGUUCGAUGACGUAGCCUUGCUGAGGAUUUAUCAACUAAGCAGAAAAUGAGCUUAACAUCUUGGUUUUUAGUGAGCAGUGGAGGCACCCGCCACAGGCUGCCACGAGAGAUGAUUUUUGUUGGAAGAGAUGACUGUGAGCUGAUGUUGCAGUCACGUAGUGUGGACAAGCAACACGCUGUAAUCAACUACGAUGCCACUGCCGAUGAACACUUGGUGAAGGAUUUAGGCAGUCUAAAUGGGACAUUUGUAAAUGAUGUGAGGAUUCCAGAACAGACAUACAUCACCCUGAAACUUGACGAUAAACUGAGAUUUGGAUAUGAUACCAAUCUUUUUACUGUAGUCAGAGGAGAGAUGAGAGUCCCUGAAGAAGCACUUAAGCAUGAGAAGUUUACAAGUCAGCUUCAGUUAUCCCAAAAAUCUUCAGAGGCAGAAGGAUCAAAGCCAACCAGUGCCAAAGCUGCAGAGCCAAAGGUACAAGAUUCCAUUGCUGAAGUGCAUCACAAAACUAUAGAGGCACUGAAAUGUGAAGAGAAAUCUGCAGAUCUUUCUGCCAUGCCUCGAGGUACACCAUUAUAUGGGCAACCAUCAUGGUGGGGUGAUGAUGAGGCUGAAGAAGAAAAUGGUUAUAAACAGGAUGGUAAACCUGAAGAGAAGAUGCAAGAAACUGGAGUUUUAGGAUGCAGCACAGAUGGCAAGCAAGCUGAGGAGCAAUCUGCAGCUGCAAGUGAAGAAGAAACUUAUCCUUUCUGUAGGGAACCAAGUUAUUUUGAAAUCCCUACAAAGGAAUUCCAGCAACAUUCACAAAUACCAGAGUGUACUAUUCAUGAGAUCCCAACAAAAGACACACACAUAGUAGGGGCAGGGCAUGCUUCAUUUACUAUUGAAUUUGAUGACAGCACCCCAGGAAAAGUAACCAUCAAAGAUCAUGUCACAAAAUUCACUCCAGAUCAGCGCCACAAGCCUAAGAAGCCUUCUCCUUCUGGUGCUCAGGAUCUUCCUGGGCUUCAAACUGUGAUGAUGGCACCGGAGAGUAAAGUAGCAAACUGGUUAGCACAAAACAACCCCCCAACAAUGAUCUGGGAAGCAACAGAGGACGACUCAAAAAGUAUUAAAAGUGAUGUUCCAGUCUACUUGAAGAGACUGAAAGGAAAUAAACAUGAUGAUGGGACACAGAGCGAUUCAGAAAAUGCUGGAGCACACAAGCAUUACAGUAAGCGAGCAGCACUUGAAGACCAGUUAAGACAUCAUUAUGGUGAACAGAGAAAGUUGCACACAAGAGCCCAGGAUACAGAGAAACAUACAGAUCAACCUACUGUAAGCCAGACUGCUUUUAUGAUUGAGUUUUUUGAUGAAGGUCAUCCCCGAAAGAGGAGAUCUUAUUCCUUUUCUCAGAACGUGGGAGGCUUGUGCCCUGAAACACCUCCUCCAGCACCUCAUGCAAGAACUGAAAAAGCAAGACCUGCAUCAGGUGACUCCAAAGGAAGCCCAUCACUUUUGCAAAAUAGCUCUACCCAGCAAAAAGCAAUACAUGCCAAACUUUUAAAACAAAAAUCCGAAGAACCUUCUGCAGCAUUACCUUUCUUACAAAAUGCAUUGUUAAGAAGUUCUGGAAGCCUUGGGCAUAGACCUAGUGCAAACGAGGACAUGGAGAAAAAGUUAAAGAGCCAGCUGGCUUUGGUGACCACAGAAAAGGAUGAUGAUGACCAAAGUGACAAAGGUACUUACACUAUUGAGCUGGAAAAUCCUAAUGCUGAGGAAGUAGAAGCUCGCAAGAUGAUUGAUAAGGUUUUUGGAGUGGAUGACAGCCAGGAUUAUAAUAGGCCUGUUAUCAACGAGAGCCAGAAAGAUUUAGUAAAAGAUUGGGCUAUAAAUUCUGCUACAAUAGUGCUGGAAGAAAAAAGACCACUGAGUACAACUGGAUUUCUUGACACAGAGGAGAACACUGGUACGUCUGGAAGCAAACGCUGGGUGUCACAGUGGGCUAGCCUGGCUGCUAAUCAUACAAAGCAUGAAGAAAGUGAACUGCGAAAGGAGUCAUCUGCACCUGGUCCUCUAGAAAAUGAUACUGACAUUAGUGAAUCUGGCAUAUCAGUUAGAAGUACUGGCUCAGCUGCCUCUUUGACCAGCCAAGGAGAUAGGAAGAGAAGAACACUUCCACAAUUGCCAAAAGAUGAAAAUGUCACAGAAGGACAAAGAACAAAAGCAACAACCCAUCAGAGAUCAGAGAUAGGUGAAAAACAAGACACUGAACUUCAGGAGAAAGAAACUCCAACUCACACCCAAAAAGAAAUAGGACAAGAUACUGAUAGAAGCCAGAUUAAAUCAAGCAAGGCAGUGAAUGGCCUUUCUCCUAAAGCAGACAAGACACUUUUUCACUCCCCUUCCAGCAAAGAGAAAAGUGAAAAUGUCAGGGAAACAUCGGUGGUAAAGCAAGCUUUAGCUAAAAUGCAGCAUCAGGAACAAAAUGAACACACACAUUGGAUUCCCACUAAAUUAUCUUCUGCAAAAUCUGCAGGCCAGGUUGAAAGAGGGAGAGAAGAGCCUUCAGUUUCUCAUAAAAUGGAUAAUAAAGAAAGGGCAUCGGGACGUGGUGCAGGCAAAGCAGAAAUUAAAGUGGCACACAGUGAAGGGAAAAGAAAGAAAGCAGAGGAGACAACAAAAUGUCCAAAAGGAUUUAGUGGGGAUAAAAAAGAAACAUCAAAACCAUUAGUAAGACAAGGCAGUUUUACUAUUGAUAAACCAAGCACAAAUAUACCUAUAGAGCUUAUUCCUCAUAUUAAUAAACAGGCUGGAACGACUCCACCAUCACUCUCUUUAGCAUCCACCAAUAAAAUAUGUGAGAAAAGUGAUUCAGUGGAAACCGAUUCCAGUCUAGAUACAACUCUUAUUUUAAAAGACACAGAAGCCGUAAUGGCUUUCCUUGAAGCUAAGCUCCGUGAAGAAAACAAAACAGAUGAAGGAGUUGACACUCCCAGCUAUAAUAGAGACAAUUCCAUUUCACCUGAAUCUGAUGUGGAUACAGCUAGUACAAUUAGUCUAGUUACUGGGGACAGUGAAAGAAAACCAACUCAAAAACGAAAAAGCUUUACCACCCUGUACAAAGAUAGGUGUUCCACUGGUUCUCCUUCUAAGGAUAUUUUAAAGUCAUCUUCAAGUGCUAGAGACAAAAUUGAAAAGAAAACAAAAAGCCGUUCUUCAGAUGCUGCUUCGAGAAGUGAUGCACGCAAGAUUGUGCAGAGCAGUGGAAGAAUAAGGCAACCUUCAGUAGAUUUAACAGAUGAUGACCAAACUUCUAGUGUACCUCAUUCUGCCAUUUCUGAUAUCUUGUCAUCUGACCAGGAAACAUGCUCUGGCAAAUCACAUGGAAGGACUCCUUUUACCUCAGCAGAUGAACAUUUGCAUUCCAAAACAGAAGGCAUCAAAUCAGCUAAGUCAAAGGCUUCUCCAGCAUCUACUGGACAAUCUAGUAAGUCAAUCACACUUCCAAGGCCUCGCCCCACAAGGACUUCUCUCUUACGUAGAGCACGGCUUGGUGAAGUCUCAGACAGUGAGCUUGCAGAUGCAGAUAAAGCAUCAGUGGCUUCAGAAGUGUCUACUACAAGUUCUACAUCCAAACCGCCAUCAGGAAGGAGAAAUAUCUCAAGAAUUGAUCUGCUUGCCCAGCCACGCAGAAAUAGACUUGGCUCCUUAUCAGCACGUAGUGAUUCUGAAGCAACAAUGACCAGAAGCACUACAUCAUCUCGUAUGCCAGAAGCCAUAAUCAGAAGUGGCAUUAGGCUAACACCACCAGCAGAUAGCACUAAAGUUUCUCCUAGGAUUAGAGCAAAUAGCAUUUCUCGGCUGUCGGACACCAAAUCCAAAGCUCUGUCUUCCGCCCAUAAUUCCCCAUCAGAGACAUACCAUCUUCUCCCAGACCCAGAUCCUGCUGUUGAAACUUACAGUGUAAAUUCAAGAUGGAGGCGCUUUCCUACAGAUUAUGCUUCCACCUCAGAAGAUGAAUUUGGAUCAAACCGUAAUUCUCCUAAACAUGCCCGUCUACGUACUUCUCCAGCCCUGAAAACUACUCGAUUGCAGAGCACUGGAACACCAACGCAAACUAGCAAUGUCUUCAAGCAUAGGAUAAAAGAACAGGAAGACUACAUUCGUGACUGGACUGCUCAUCGAGAAGAAAUCGCAAGGAUCAGUCAGGACCUGGCUCUCAUCGCACGGGAAAUCAAUGAUGUAGCGGGAGAGAUAGAUUCGGUGACUUCAUCAGGCACUGCUCCUAGUACCACAGUAAGCACUGCUGCCACCACCCCUGGCUCUGCCAUAGACACUAGAGAAGAGGUAGGAGAUCUUCAUGGAGAAAUGCAUAAGCUAGUUGACCGUGUAUUUGAUGAAAGUCUAAACUUCAGGAAGAUUCCUCCGGUAGUAAAUGCAAAAACACCCGAUGGGAACGGUCGGCCUAAUGAACCGAAACCACCACCAGUAGACAUGCCUGAGCCCCCCACAAUAACACGUCGACGAACCUGGAGUAGGGAUGAAGUUAUGGGAGAUACCUUGCUGCUAUCUUCAGUCUUUCAGUUUUCUCGGAAGAUCAGACAAUCCAUAGAUAAAACAGCCGGUAAAAUCAGAAUAUUAUUUAAGGACAAAGACCGGAAUUGGGAAGACAUUGAAAAGAAACUGCGAGCUGAAAGUGAUGUUCCAAUUGUGAAAACUUCAAGCAUGGAGAUAUCCUCAAUAUUGCAAGAACUGAAAAGAGUUGAGAAACAACUACAAGUGAUAAAUUCAAUGAUUGACCCUGAUGGAACAUUGGAUGCUCUGAGUAAUUUGGGAUUCGCAAACCCUGCCCAAGCAGCUCAACCUAAGCAGAAGUCCAGCCCUGUUUCUCAAAGUGCCCAUCCUCAGAUACAGUCAAACUGUCAACCAGAAGCAAGGGCUGUCCGACCAGCCAUUGCCUCUGCUGCAAGUGGACUUGGCAAUGUUGAAUCUGAGCAUGAUUUCAGCAUACAUUUUAACAGAUUCAAUCCAGAUGGAGAGGAGGAAGAUCCAACUUUGCGUGAAUGACAUCAGUGUCAUCAGUACCUUUUCGUAUUGAAUGUGUAGAAUUCAAAGAGAGUCUUAAUGUUCAUACAAGGGUUGUUUUUUUUUAAGCUUGGCAAAAUGACCAUUGCUUUUGUUACACCAACUACUUGUGAUGUUUUGGAUGCCACACAUCUCUUGACCCAUUAAGGUAAACAUUAGGACAGACAUAGAAAAGCUGUUUGUGGUAACUUUAUGAGCACUUGUUUUGAAUAUUUCUCUCCAUAAUGUUCUUCUUUGAAAGAGUCUUUCAAAGUAACAUUCAAGCAGGUGAAAGUCCAGCUUUAUUAAACUUCUAAAUCUCCUGUGCCAAGCUGAUCUGUAAUUGAGCCUCUUCACUCAAAUUUGUAUGAAAUGAUUGAUAAUUUAAAUUUGAUUCUGAGUAAGAGGAUCUAAAUUAAGAUAUACUGUAUUUGAAUACCAUGACACACUACAAUAUAAGGAAAGACAGGCUUUACAAAGCAUUCAUUCUUGUAUACUAAACAUUUUCAAACCAUUGUGAUUUAUGUAACUUCAUUGCUAUGUAAGUUUGUUUGGGGGUUUACAGAGCUCAUUAUGUUUGCACUAAGAAUUUGCUAGGAGUGGCAGGUGAACAUAUCAGUAUCAAUAGGAGCUAAUAAUUUUAUGUAUAUAGAAAACUGAUCAUAAUUGUCCUUUUAAAAAGCACACUGUGGUGAGUCCACUUCCAAAAGGAUCUAUUUGGCCCUUAUUGAUCCUGUUCAAUGUCUUUUUGAUGCUGAUGACGACAAACUGUCACAUUUUUGUCCAAAUGUUUGGAAAUAUAAAACCUUUAAAUAUAUAGCUAUGUAAGUCUCUUGCUUGAAAUCCUUUCUCAUGCUGUAUCACCAAGGUCAAACAGAAAAUACUUCGCGAAUGCUCCUUGAGAUGAUCAUGAGUUCUAAAAUUUUAUUCAGAAGAUUUGAAGAUGGAGUAGUGAUGAUCUAGUCAAUAGACUCACUCCAGGCUUACAAACUGUUCAUCUUUUCCAGUAGAUUCCCUAGUCGAUCUGUCUUAUACAUUAAUAAGGAUUCUGGAAGAAAACGGCAAACGUAGGCCUGUUGCUAAUACUGCUUAACAGCAAAGCUAUUAAACUCUCAUAUAAGCCUCUUUACCCUGAAAAUUGUCCCAGUAACUUAACAUUUGGAAAUAAUAAUAAAAAGUAUACAAUGUUAUAUUUCCAGAACACUGUAAUUUCAAGAUCUUCUGUUAAAUGCAACUAAUAACUGGAAUUUUCCUAUGUUUUUGCCUCAGUCUAUGUAUUAAGGUUACAAAUACAAUUUCAAAGCUUUUGUGAAAUCUUUAAUAUUUCAGCAAUAAUCUUAUGUGUCAUUUGUUUAAAAAUACUUUUUUCCUGUACUUUUUUGAAACUGCAGGAUUUUGGAAGUCAUUGCAAAGUGUGACCAAUUAAAUAUAAAAAAACAUUUUUGUAGAGAUGUAAAAAUAAAAAAACAAUAAUCCUCUUGUAUAUUGGAUUUAAUUUUUUUUUUUUGCUUUAAAAUUUGAAAAAGCCUCUUGUCAAACUCUGUAUCCCGCUCUGUAUUGACAACAGCAUCAAGAAAAUGCUUGUUUACAGAUGCUGUCAAAGUUUAAACUGAUAUAGAAUAAUAUAAAUUGAGAGCAGUGACAAGGAUUUGGGCCACCAUAAUUCCUUUCUUUCUUUUCAGUGCUUGGGAGAAGAACCACAAACACUCAAGUGUGGGGAAAAUUGGAAUUGGUAGUGGAAAAAUUAAACAUGCAGGCUCUUCACACAAUUCUGUUUGUGUUCUUUAAGACGUUUACACCUUUUGUGUUCUGUAAUAAAUGUUUGCAUUUACAAUGUUCUUAUUUCUAUGGAUGCAUACUCCUUAUUUAUUUUUGUUACAUUUAUUAUGUAUGUUAUUGUUAUAAGCAUUUACAACUCCAUUUUUAAAUAAAGUGUUUCUGGAACUUUAUACAAUAAUUUGA